AUGCGAGGAGGAUUUACAAGACGAGGACGCAGAAGAGAAAGAAGUGGAGGAAAUGGUACAGUGAAGGACCAUCCUACAUAUGAUCAAGAAGGCCAUAUAUUCAUUCAUCUCAGGAAUGAUGGAUUAUUGUACCCUUCCAGAGCUGUGGCGAACAUAUUGAAAGAUGUUUUCCAAAAUAUAGUGCACCCAACUGCAUUCUCACAAGCAACUCUUGAUGAUUCAUGCAUUGAAUCCUAUUGGCAAGAAUUUAAGGAGCAAGUUAAGGCAAGAGCCGAUGAGUUGCGGGCUGCAGGGGAAGUAGAUCCAGAUUUUGAUCGCAUUUUCCUUGACCUUUUUGUGAAGAAAAGAGAAAGCAAACCCGGAGCUGGACAGGCCACAGGCAUUUAUUUCCCUGAUGCUAGCAGUUCGUCCACUGGGGGCUCAGGCGUUAGCACGGAAGAGUUACAAGCAAUGCGAGAGCAAAUCACUAUUGAGAUGCGCGCGGAGCAGGGGCAGCGAUAUGUGGAGCUGGAGAUGCAAAAUGCAGCGUUGAAAGCGGAGUUGGAUAGUCAAAGUGCAGAGCGCGAUGCUGCUUUAGCGCAUCAAAAAAUUGAGUUACGCGCCGAAUUUGAGAAAGAAAAUGAGAGGAUGUUAGAACUAUUGUUGGAUCUUACUAAAAAGGUUAACCGAAUUAGUAAAAACUGAAAGUGUAAAACAAUCUUAUUAAUUUUAUGUAAGUUUUGAAUUUUGUUCUUUA